AUGGCUUUCCACGACAUUAAUCAAGCAAUCCUGGAAUUACUCUGCAAUUAUCUGCCAUCAAGUCCCUUACUGGAAAUAAUUGAGGAAUGGUAUGAGUCUUUCAAUGUGCAUAUAACUUUACACAAUUUGGACUUGGCUUUGAGAGUUGAUGUGCCAAGUAAGCCCACUGAUGUGAGCUCUGCUGAUGAAAGAUCCUUUUAUGAGAUAUGGGAGCACUCCAAUAGGAGGUUUUUGAUGGUGAUGAAGUAUACUAUGGAUAAAUCUAUUAAAGAAUGUGUCCCAAAAACGGAAAUGGCCAAAAACUUUUUGGAAUAUGUGAAAGCCAAUUAUACCAAGAUUGAUAAGGCAGAAAUGACAACUUAUUUGAAGCUUCUGACAACCACUAUGUAUGAUGGAGUAGGUGGGGUUAGAGAUCACAUCAUCAAGCUAAAGCACCACUUCAACAAGGCAAAUGAGAUGAAAGUGGAGUUGAGUGAGAAAUUCUUGAAAUGGUUGAUACUCGAGUCACUUCCUACUUCCUUUGAUGUGGUGAAGUUGACUUUUAAUGCCUUGAAGGAAGAAUGGACUCUAGAGGAGUUGAUGUCCAUUGUGGUGCAACAUGAAGUCUCACUGAAGAAAAUGAGACUCACUCCCUUGCUCUUGUUACUGACUAAGUGA